AUGGGAAAUAUAAUGUCAGCUUCAUUUGCACCGGAGUGUACUGAAGCCAAGAAAACCUAUGAUGAUUGCUUCAACAAAUGGUAUACAGAGAAAUUUUUGCAAGGUAAGUCACUAGAAAACGAAUGCACUGAGGUAUGGGAUGAAUACAUAAUGUGUGUGAAUGCUGCUUUGGCAAAACAGAAACUCGAUAACAUGUUGGAAAAAGCUAGAAAAGAUGAGCCAUUCACGUCGGAAGAAAUCAGACAAAGUGCCGAACAAGAAGAUCAGAAUCCUACAAAAUAA